AACCACCAAACAGCACCAAACAGCCAAACAGCACCAAACCCUGCCACAACCACAAUACAGGCAACCUUCUCUGUCUUCCAUCUCCUGCUUGUGUGUUUGUGUCCUCGCCGAUCGCGGUUGUACCGAUUCCUCGUUGUGUGCGGAGCGUGUGCGUGUGUGUGCGCGUGUGCACGCCUGGCAGUUUCAUAUUCCUCCACAAGAAAGACAGUGGUUGUUGGCAUUCGUUUUGCCGCAGCCAAGAAGUUGCGGGUGUUGAUUGUUUGGUUUGUUGUUACAAUCGUGUUUGUGUUCUCGCUGUCGUCUGAAACUGCAUUCGCCAUGGAUGUGCAACCGGGCAUCCGCUUCAAGUGCUGUCUCGGCCAAGAGAACAGGAACAUAUUCCUGGAUAGCCCCGUCUCCUUGGAUCAACUGAAACAGAAGAUUGUGGCCUACUUCAGAAAACCAAAUCUCAACAUCCUUGUCGUUGACACAGAGGGGAAGCGGAAGCGAUUACGAACACAGGAUGACCUUGAUCAGUGCCUCAAGUCCGUGGAUGCACAGUCGUCGUCCACCGCCGUGCGUCUCGUGCUCACCUCCUCCACAGAUACAACAUCACCGCCGCCACCUUCCCCCUUUGACGAGCUUGACAGCGCCGGCCUUCGCGACCACCCGCCCUUUGACCGCCCAUACCGCCAACACAUGGGGACAUUUCAGCGUGCCGAAUUGCGUAAGGAGCCGUCAGCUCGCCGCGGCGCCGCCCACAGACGCAUGCCCUCAGACCACAACCCGCACACCCUCGACCUCCCUUUCGCACAGCUCACGGUGAACGACGUUGAUCCACCACUGCCACCUCCCCAUCACCACCAGCACCACCACCACCCUCACCGCGCCGAUGCCCACCGGCCCAGCAGCCCGCCCCCGGGCUUUCUCGACCUGCCGCAGCACAGCGUCCACGACAGACGCUGGUCCUCGGACGUAAACGGCGGCGGAGAAUUCAUCCCAGAAACAGACGAUCAGCCAGAUCACAGAUAUGAGCAGCCGUCCCGCACAGUCCGCUCGACUGGGAGCGCCCAUAGUUUCCACAGCUUCCGCAGCACACACAGCGCGUCCAGCACACAGAGCGUGUACAGCGGCGGCGGCUCCCAGCGCAGUCAGGGCAGCCACCACGCCGUUGCGCGCGUGUCUGUCAAGGACGUCUUCACCCGCGACGACACGGAAUCGGGCGUGUUUGACCACGAGUCACAGGUGCGCAGCGCGCUUGAUGUUCCGGACAGGCUUCGCUCGGGGACAUACCCGCGGUCGAGUGCACCGCCGGGCCACGUGGCCGUAACCCGGAUUGGCGGCCCGUACACCCUCCCGCGCGAACGGACGUCGUCGUCAACAAUGGCCGGCGAGGGCAUGCACCGCGUGCCGCACACCGCCGUGCCCACGCAGUCCCACUUUAGCGCUGCAGUCCGUGGGCCAACGAUGCCGGUGCGGUGGAGGAAAGGAAAGCUGCUCGGUUCGGGCGCGUUCGGCAAGGUGUAUCUUGCGCUGGACGACGGGACCGGUGCAGAGGUUGCGGUGAAGGAGGUUGAGCUCGAUGCGGGCGAGCAGCCGUCUGGCGGCGCCGUUGAGGCACUGGAGGGCGAAAUUCGCGUCCUCAGCGGUCUGAGGCACCCGCGCAUUGUGACGUACCUCGGCACCAAGCGCACCCCAGAGACCCUCUCCAUCUUCAUGGAAUACGUGCCGGGGCGCUCAAUUGCACGGCGACUGCGAGACUACGGUGCAUUCUACAUCGACGUUGUCAGGAAAAACACUCGACAGAUGCUCCAGGGGCUGGAGUAUCUGCACAACCACAACAUCAUCCACCGCGACGUGAAGGGCGCGAAUGUGCUGGUUGACUCUGGCGGCAACAUCAAACUCGCGGACUUUGGUGCUGCGCGCCAGCUGCAAGAGAUCCGUACGGUGACCGGGUUCAAGUCCAUGCACGGCACCCCGUACUGGAUGGCGCCAGAGGUGGUGCAGGGCAAGGGCUACGGCCGCCGCUGCGAUAUCUGGAGCCUUGGCUGCACGGUGAUUGAGAUGUUGACGACUAAGCCGCCAUUCUACAACUGCGAGGCCAUGGCGGUGCUGUUCAAGAUUGGAAGCUCAAACGAGGACUACAAGGCCUGCAUUCCAGAUGACGCGGACGAGGGGUGCCGGGAGCUGCUCGAGGCGUGCUUCCAACGGGAUGCGCAGCAGCGGCCAUCGGCGUCAGCCUUGCUCUCGUUUUCAUUCGUCAACUGAUGCACAGACACGACGGGGAUUGUGGUUGCAUGGCUACGGAUUGGCUGGUGUGCUGUUGGAGGAUUGUUGUGUGCGACAUACGUCUUUGGUGGUGCUGUGGGUUCCUCCAACACCAUCACCAUCACCAUCAUCUUCAUCAUCGUCAUCGCCAUCAGCACCACCACGGGCCUCCGUCCGGUGUUAAUUGGAGUUGCGGCCCCUUCAUCUGUCCUCUCUCUCGUCGCUCUCUCAUCUUCCCCUGCUCCUCCUUGAUCUCUCUUGUAUUUGAUUCUUUUUCAUCGUAUCAUUGCCUCCUUAUGCCCCCCUGUACAUUUGGUUUGGGCACCCUCCCCCCCCCCCAUCGCCACUGCACUGUUUUGCACGAUUCUCGCGUGCACACCUGCCGCGAUUGGCAUUCAUCUGGUUACUGCUUGCUGUGCUUUCCCUGCUCCCUGCCCGUGUGCUGUCCAUUCGCGAUGUUCACCUUAAUGUAAUGUAAUUGCUUCUCUCUCAGAUACGCGUGUGCAUUGUGUGAUGAGAUGCCACUGUGUUUUCUUCAUUGCAGUAUUCAAGUGACGGGGACUAUGGCAUGCUUGCUUCCCUUGCCCAUAUUCGCAGGUACCUGGUUGCUUUCCUCUGCUUGCUUUUCAUGCAUGUGUGUGAGUUCGUGAGUGUGUGUUGUGACGUGAGCGAUGCUGAUGGUGCAUGGUCACCAACUCGCCCAGUACACCAAUACCGACG